GCGUUUCCGGGGGCGGGAGGUGCAGACUGGGGCGGUCGCGGCUGCGACGGCUUGAACGGGCCUGGCGCCGGCGGCGGAAAGUACCCUACUUGCAGGCUAUGUGAGCGCCAAGUCCUUGGCAGCACCGAACGAGAUUUGUGAUGAAAUGGAGCCUGGAACAAACUCUUUUCGAGUAGAAUUUCCUGACUUUUCCAGCACCAUUCUGCAGAAACUAAACCAGCAGCGCCAGCAGGGACAAUUAUGUGAUGUCUCCAUUGUUGUCCAAGGCCACAUUUUCCGGGCACACAAAGCUGUUCUUGCUGCCAGUUCACCCUACUUCUGUGACCAGGUACUCCUGAAAAACAGCAGGAGGAUUGUUUUGCCUGAUGUGAUGAACCCCAGAGUGUUUGAGAACAUUCUCCUAUCAAGUUACACGGGACGUCUAGUAAUGCCUGCUCCAGAAAUUGUCAGUUACUUAACAGCAGCAAGCUUCCUCCAGAUGUGGCAUGUGGUAGACAAAUGCACUGAGGUUUUAGAGGGAAACCCCACAGUCCUUUGUCAGAAGCUAAAUCAUGGCAGUGACCACCAGUCUCCAAGCAGCAGUAGUUAUAAUGGCCUGGUAGAGAGCUUUGAGCUGGGCUCUGGGGGCCACACCGAUUUCCCCAAAGCCCAGGAACUGAGGGAUGGAGAGAAUGAAGAGGAGAGCACCAAAGACGAGCUGUCAUCUCAGCUCACCGAGCAUGAAUACCUUCCUAGCAACUCGUCCACAGAGCACGACCGGCUGAGCACUGAAAUGGCGAGCCAGGAUGGGGAGGAGGGGGCCAGCGACAGUGCCGAGUUCCACUACACCCGGCCCAUGUACAGCAAGCCCAGCAUCAUGGCUCACAAACGCUGGAUCCACGUGAAGCCCGAGCGCUUCGAACAAGCGUGCGAGGGCAUGGAUGUGCACGCGCCCUACGACGAGCACCAGGUCACAGAGUCCAUCAACACCAUGCAGACAGAGCACUCCGUCCAGCCCUCGGGAGUAGAGGAGGACUUCCACAUCGGGGAGAAAAAGGUGGAAGCGGAGUUUGAUGAACAGGCUGAUGAAAGCAAUUAUGACGAGCAGGUGGACUUCUAUGGCUCUUCCAUGGAAGAGUUCUCCGGAGAGAGGUCAGAUGGGAAUCUGAUUGGGCACAGACAGGAGGCUGCCCUAGCAUCGGGUUACACUGAGAAUAUUGAAAUGGUCACAGGAAUUAAAGAAGAAGCUUCCCACCUGGGAUUCUCAGCCAGCGACAAGCUGUAUCCAUGUCAGUGUGGGAAAAGUUUCACGCACAAGAGUCAGAGGGAUCGACACAUGAGCAUGCACCUUGGCCUUCGGCCUUAUGGCUGUGGUGUCUGUGGUAAGAAAUUCAAAAUGAAGCAUCAUCUCGUGGGCCACAUGAAAAUUCACACAGGCAUCAAGCCAUAUGAGUGUAAUAUCUGUGCAAAGAGAUUUAUGUGGAGGGACAGUUUCCACAGGCAUGUGACUUCUUGUACCAAGUCCUACGAAGCUGCAAAGGCUGAGCAGAAUACGACUGAGGCUAACUAAAAAUAGGAUCUGGUCUUUGAGUGGCAGGCACAAAAAUAAACUAUGGUAAUUAUGCAAAUCUGGGCACAGAUGAUGCGUGCUACUUGCUAUUAUGAGAGAAGCUUAAAAAAAAAGAAAGAUAUUUCUGAGAGACCAGCUCUAAGUAGGCCAAUUAAAAAAUCUAAUUCUUGAAAUUUGUAUGUUCCAGGCCUGGAGUGGGUAAUGGGGAUACAUUAGCCCCCUCCCCACUUGGCAAGGUAAACCCUCAGGCCUGUUGUGAUCGAGGCAGGUGGACUUGGGGAUAAAGACACCUGCACGUGGAACUGGACUCCAACCCACCAGUUCCAUUUCAAGUGGCAGCAGUUUUUGAUCACUCAUUAUUACAAGGUCAUGUUGGAAUUUUAUUUUGCUCUUACUAUAGAUACUUAGGUAAUGUUGGUUUGUUUUGGUAGCUGCUUCACUGAAUGAAAUGCUACUUAUGUAAUAGCUACAAAUAAUGUGAUUCCUAGGAUACGAAGUUGAUUAACAGAGCUCUCUUAGCUGGUUUUAUUCUUCUAAAGGGUAUUUUAACUACAACUAUGGAGAUACUAAGAGGGUGACAUUCUAAGUAUGAAACAAAUAACUUAUGGUACAAGCCUCAGUUUCUCUAAGAUGCCACUGUCACAAUGUGUUUCAGACUCUUGACAAGUCAAUUUUAUAUUUUAGUACUAACAUUUAGUUGAAACAAUUGUAUCUAAUUGUAAUUCUCUAGGGUGCCAGAGAUAGGUGUUCCUAAUAGGUUCUCUGUCCCAAAUCCUGUUUGUUUAAUUGUAGCAUCUACAUGGCGGGAUCUGCUCUGUGGCUAGUAGACAUCUAGCCUGCUUCACCUCUGCCACGGUACCAUUGGCUGCUCCAGCUGAUAUACUCUGUCUUAGGUUAUGGAGCUUCCUGAAGAGAUCAGGCAGUGACCACAGUUAUUGGGGAGGAGCCAGAAGUCACGGCUGAGAACUUCAGGAGCUAAUAGAGUGCUACGGUGACACUCCAACUUAGAAUGAGAGUUGCAGAAUUUGGAGUAUCGGGUUAUACUUGAUGGGGUGGGGGGACUGCCCAAGAAAAGAGGAGUCUUGAAAAUACACUGGCAGGGGAGAUACUCAUAAAGGGGUACACUGAGCUAAUAAUUCCAGCUCUUGAUGAGUGCUGGAAUGUGUUUUAAAGGGGAAAAGAAAGAGUCCUAAUUUUAGAAAGUAGUCCACAGAUUCACGCUCCCAUAUUAUAAAGCUGCAUAAAUUUACAAGUCAUAGCUAUACCUACCAAAAAAAAAAAAAAACCAAGAAAAGCAGCUAUUCUGAGACCUUUUCUGAGGAUCAGUCAGAGGUUUUAGGUUAAAAAGGAAGCAUAUAUUCAGGAUGUUUUAAGCUGUGUAAUAUACCUGAAGUCACCAGGGUAGGACAGGGUGCUACUGUUAACUUUACCGUAAACUUACUGGUUUAUUAUUUCUUAGUGGAAACUUUUUUUCCUUAAAAUAAAAAUAACUUUUCCUGGAUUUGGGGUGAAAUUUUGUUUUAAAAGUUUGGCUUUGCUCUAAUAUGAUGGACAUUGCUGGCAAUGGCCUCUGAUCCUCAAGCUCCUACCAUCAAGGCAUUUAGUUGUUAAACGUUAUUUGAAAGGGGGAAGAAAGACUUAUUUACCAGUUAACUCUUGUAAUCGAGGUUACAGACCAGGGAUCUACUCAUUAACACUGUAUCAUUCUCGAUAUAUAAAAGCACUUUGUAUUUAAAACUUUAUUAUAAAUAUAUAUAUUAUAUUGAUUUUUUUUAACCUAGAAACUAGAUAUUACCUCUUGGUUGUUUGCCACAUUAAUAUCCUCUUCUCUUUAAGUGUUGAAGCUUCACCAAUUAACAGUCUUUUCUCUGUGUACCUGGCGGAGUAUAUAGAGGUGACUGUACAAUUGAGCUCUUUUGCUCCUUCUCUUUUUCUUUCAUUAGAAAACGGUGGGUUUUAGGUAUGAUCCUAACCAUCAUGUGUGAGAAGAAAUUGUUUGAUUUCUCCUGCUUAUUUCAGUACUAAGGCAAUGAAGCUAUUUUGUUUUGCCAAAGCUGAUCACCCUCUCCCGUGGUAUCAGCAAACCAUUUUCUGCCUGUUUGGAAGGUUCGAUGCGCUGGUUUCUAUUAAAAGUUAUAUUCAAGUGAGUAUCGCAACACUUGGGAAGAAGAGUCUGAGAGGUAAAAAUAAAAUGUCCUGGAGAAAUCAUGCUCCUUCAGUUACAUUGAGACCAGCACAGUACCCCGUCGUGAGCAGUGGUGGCGAAGCGCUCUUGUUCAGCCAGGGCGGGUGGGCAGCUCUUGGGGGGUCGAUGGGGACUUAAUUUACUGUGCUGGGACUUAAUUUACUGUGUGGUGAAGAGAAGGAGGCCUUUUACUGAAAUCCUUCUAUGUACAUCAGCUGCUAAGUGUGGUGUUUAAAAUACAAGUUCCUCGCGUCUGCUGUUGGAAGCUGUGGACGGUAGUGGGGUUUUCAUCAAAAUUAGCCUUGCAGGUCAAGUCAGCCAGACCCUGUGAGGUGGCUGGGCAUCUGAAAUGUUCUGAGAGGGGACGGAAGGGUAUUGUCUUAGUGUGGCUGUUAAAAGCGACUCUGUAAUCUUUGCUUUUAGGCUGAGGGAGUCAGGCUAUAUUACCACCUUUUUUUCCUACCCAUCCUGGCUUGGAUAGCCUCUGUCCUUACCCUCGGGACUUUAGAAAAUCUUUAUCCUUCCCGUUGAGUUUGGACAGUAGUGGGUAACGUUUCCAAACAGUCUUUCAGGGAUCGUGUCAGUGGCCUACAACCAAGGUAUUUGUCUCCUGCUUUGAGUCUUAACUGUGAUUUUUUUCCAGUUCCAGUGAUGAAAGGGCUUCAAGGCACCACCAGUGGUAUUUAAUAUUAGUAUUUAUGCCGUACGUUUAAUUUCAGAUCCACCCAUUGCAAUAUCCACUUGGGAAAGUAGGCGUCUAACUGGAGAAGGACUGCAGUAGCCUCUCCUCGGCCGUCGAGGGUUACCCUCUGACACGCUUAGGCCCCAGCCUGUUGAUUUGAUUUCUCCAUCUCCUUUUCUUCCAGUCCCUUCUUUUGGCCACUGCUUUCAAAGAGUCUGCCCGGAAGUGUCCCCUCCAUUCUGUUGGGCAUUUGCUGAACUAAACUGACCAUGUGCUAACUUCUAGCUAUUUGGGAAAGCUGCCUAGUCUCAGUGCUGGCUUCCCCCUCCCCACGCUGCUGCGGAAGUGAAGUUGGGGCGGAGCAGCAGCAGCAACGAACGCUGCGCUUUCCCCCGGGGAAGGGUGUCAAGGACGCCAUCACACCAAAUCCAGGUGUUUGCUUUUGUGAGGUCUCUGAUAACUUAGGAAUGCUGAAAACCAAGCGACAUGUAUCCCGACUCCCCCCUUGCCCCUCUGUGCCACACUAAUUUUGUGAUUUAGGUUGCUUUCAUGGGUAACUAACUUUGUUCAGUGAAACCAGGGUGCGUGUUUGGGUUUUUUCUUUGCUACUUAUAUGUUUAAAGGUACAUGUUUCUUAUUUCAGACCUCUACUGAUAGUGCCCUGUGGGAAGAUGCUGGAACACAUUUUGCAAAUGUGACUUUUUUUUUUUUUUUUAGUUUUGCUUGAAGCCUGUGUCAUAAUGUCAAUUGCUGCUGCCUUCUUUCCUUUUAGAGGUUCCCAAUGUUUCUUCCAGAAAAUUACUUUAUUUAUGCAAGUCAGGUGACUCUUAGACCACGAAACCAUUUGAUGAUAAACAGAUUAUCAUUAGGUGCAUAUCUUAUUGAUAUUUUGUGAAAUGUUAUGCCUGUGUUGCAAAAGUUAACUAGUUUUGUCUUUAUAUAUUGCUGUCUUCAGUGUACAGCAUGGUUUUACUUAAUUGAAUGUUACUGUUUAAUAUUUUCUUCUUAUAGAAGAGCCCAUGCCCUUUUGUAUG